AUGCCCCAGUGGUGCUGUGCCACAACCCCCUUCAGCCUACGCCUCCCUUGUACCCACAGGCUGCUUCGAGGAGACGCUGUAGUGGAGCUGGGCCUCAACGAUUACCUGGACAUCUUCUGCCCGCACUAUGAAGGUUCAGGGCCCCCUGAGGGCCCCGAGACAUUUGCUCUCUAUAUGGUGAACUUGCCUGGCUACGAGGCCUGCCAGGCGGAGGGGGCAGGUGCCUUCAAGCGUUGGGAGUGCUCCCGCCCCUUUGCUCCCUUUGGCCCGGUUCGAUUCUCAGAGAAGAUUCAGCGCUUCACACCUUUCUCCCUUGGCUUCGAGUUUCUGCCUGGAGAGACUUACUACUACAUGUCGGUGCCAGCUCCAGAGAGUUCCGGCCAGUGCUUGAGGCUCCAGGUGUAUGUCUGCUGCAAGGAGAGCAAGUCUGAGUCAGUCCAUCCUGUUGGGAACCCUGGAGAGAGUGGUACAUCAGGAUGGCAAGGAGGGGGUGCCCCCAGCCCCCUCUGUCUCUUGCUGCUGCUGCUCCCCAUCCUGCGUCUCCUGCGAGUUCUCUGA